GAUGAAGUUUGUUGUGAUGCCCAAAUACGAAAGAAGAGAGACCGAAAGGAUAAUUAUUGCUGUGGUAGUACAACUUUCGAUUCUGCAACCGAAAUAUGUUGCGAUGGUGUUCCACAGCCAGCUAAGGGCGGUAAGUACGCAAAAUGCUGCUUAAAGGUAGUAUAUAAUUCUAAAACUGAAAUUUGUUUUGAUGGAAAAAUAUACGUCAAAGUUCGGGAAGACGAUGACUGGGUGUGCGGAAAUACCACUUUCAAUACAAAAACAAUGGUGUGUUGCCAUGGUGACACACCACAACCAUCCUAUGGAAGAAACAGUCGGUGUUGUGGCCGUGUAAGCUACAACAUAAAAGAAAUGAGUUGCUGUAACGGAACUAACCCAACAAAAAAGAGGAAUCCUUCAGAUGACUUAUGCUGUGGCGGCACAACAUUUGACUCAAACAAUGAAGUUUGUUGUGAAGGUAAUCCAAAAAAGAAGACAGGCGGUGAGCGCACACAAUGCUGUCACGAAGAAUCAUAUGAUCCAAGCGUAUAUUUCUGUAACGGACAAUAUCUAGUGCUGAAAAGAAAUAAAAAUGACAACUGCAUAUGUGGCAAUACAACAUUUCAUACUGAAACAGAAAUAUGUUGUGAAGAACAGCCUCAAAAAAUGCUUGGUGUUGCCAAUACUGGCUGCUGUGGACCAAGAAGCUAUUCUAUUGCUGACGAACUUUGCUUCAAUCUAGAAAUAAGAAAGAAAGCUAAACCCGGCGAUGAUUCAUUCUGCGGUAAAACAACGAUGAACACAAAGACUCAAGUAUGCUGUUUGGGAGAGCCAAAGGAAGCUUUCGAAGGAAUCUCUUCCCGAUGUUGUGGUUCCAAUAGCUUCAACCCAUCCACACACAUCUGUUGCGAUGGAGGUCUCCGGAAACUCCGAAAUUCCAAUGAUAAUUGCUGCUGUGGUCCGACAACUUUCGAUACAAGGACUGAGGUGUGUUGCGAUGGUUCAGUUCCACAGCCUGCUAAAGGAGGCAAUAAAACACGAUGCUGUGGAAAGGUUAGCUAUGAUUCUCUCGGUUCAUUAUGCUGUGAUCAAGUUUUGUUCAAAAAAGUCAACAAUGACGAUAAUUUAUGCUGCGGUAACACAACAAUGAACAGCAGAUCACAGAUAUGUUGCGAAGGCAAAUAUCCACGGGCUCGUGUAGGUGGCGACAACACUAUGUGUUGCGGUGACGUUAGUUAUGAUCCUCGAGUACAUUUAUGUUGUGAAGAAAAACUUAUCAAGAAAGAGAAGCCGGACGAUGACUGCUGUUGUGGUAACAUGUCGAUGAAUUCCAAGCAAGAUAUUUGCUGCAGAGGUAUUGUGCAGAGACUCGUUGGCGGUGAAUACACGUCAUGCUGCGGUGCAGUUAGUUUUGAUUCACGUAAACAUGUGUGCUGUAACGAACAACUAAGGGUUAAGAAACAAGAGCAAGACGAUUGUUGCUGCGGAAACACUACCGUAAGUGCAACAACCGAAAUUUGUUGUGAAGGAAAUCCCCAGCCGCUGGUUGGUGGACCGAAUACCGACUGCUGCGGUGCUCUAAGUUACGAUACAAAAACGCACUUAUGUUGUAAGAAAAUGAUCAGAAAGAAAAAGAAUAACGAGGACAACUGUUGUUGUGGUGAUACUUCUAUCAACACUCAAACCGAGGUUUGUUGCAAUGGCAUGCCAGCCCGGGCUGUUGCCGGAAAAGAAACUCAGUGCUGUGGCUUUUAUAGCUUCGAUCCUUCAAAGCAGAUAUGUUGCGAUGGUGAUAUUCUUCGAAAUAAAGUUAAGUCAAACGAUAACUGUUGCUGUGGAAACACAACCUACAAUACUGUAACGGAAAUAUGUUGCGAUGGCAAAUCACAGGAACGUAAAGGUGGUAAAUUGUCAAGGUGCUGUGCUGGAGUGAGCUAUGAUCCGAAUACUGAAUUCUGUGACGAUUUUGUUCUGUUGGUAAAGAGAAGCAAAGAUGAUGACUGCCCGUGUGGCAAUACAACGAUUUACACGAAGACUGAAGUAUGUUGUUUAGCUACCCCACAACCGAAAAAGGGCGAUAGCACAACAUGCUGUGAAAGUAAGAGUUACAGCACUAUCAAACAACUUUGUUGUGACAAGAAGAUACGUGACAAGGCUAAUGACAAUCACGAUUCAUGUUGUGGAAGUACCACGUUUGAUGCAAAGACACAAGUUUGCUGCAGUGGUCUACCGCAGCCUAUGUACGACCAGUACACACAAUGUUGUGGUCAAGUAAGUUAUGACCCACGCAAGGACAUAUGUUGCGAUGGUAAGCUAAGAUCUAAACGUAAUCCAGAAGAUGAUUGUUGUUGUGGCAACACAACUUCGAAUUCUCUGAACGAAGUUUGUUGCAAUAGUGUCCCGCAAAAAUCAUAUGGAGCACCGACACGUUGUUGUGGAGUUGUCAGCUAUGACUCCGGUAAGGAUAUUUGCUGCUUCAAUAAUAUUGUUAAGAAGGUAAAACUUGAUGACAACUGUUGUUGUGGCAAAACGACAACAUUUAACACAAACACUCAAGUAUGUUGUCAGGGACUCUUCCCUCAACCAGCAGUUGCUAAAGAAAAUACCAAAUGUUGCGGACAAAAAAGUUAUGACCCUGCCAAACAUCUCUGUCACGAUGGCAAAUUAAUUGAGAAACGAAAUCCAUCCGACGAUGGUGUUUGUGGAACAACGACACUCACAUUGGCAAAAGAAGUGUGCUGUGAUAAUACGCCAAGACCAUCAUAUGGUAGCAAAACAUCGUGCUGUGGUAACCAGAGCUUCAACUCCGACACGCAAGUAUGCUGUGAGGCAAAGAUUAGAGAUAAGAAGGACAGAAAAGAUGAUUGCUGCUGUGGAAGAACAACAAUCGAUUCCCGUACUGAAAUAUGUUGUGAUGGCUUUACAAAUCCAUUAGUAGGAAAUGAUCUCUCUGCUUGUUGUGGAAACAGAAGUUACGAUUCUGGAAAAGAAGUAUGUUGUGAUGGAAAUGUUGUUCAAAAGAAAAAUGUUAAUGACAACACUUGUUGUGGAAAGACAACUAUUGACACAAGGACUCAACUUUGUUGCAAUGGCGAGCCACAGAAGCUAAUAGUCGGUGAAGAAACAAUGUGUUGUGGAAAGACAAGUUACAAUCCAAGAGAGUAUUACUGUAUGGAAGAUUACACAUUACGUAAGAAGCGCAACGCAGACGAUAACUACAUCUGUGGUGCAACGACUUUCAAUACAAACACAGAAUUAUGCUGUGAAGAUCAACCACAAGAGAAGAAAGGAAGUGACAGUGCUAAGUGCUGUGGCAAACGAAGCUACGAUUCAAAGGCUCAGGUAUGUUGUGAUGGUGAAAUUAGAAAUAAAAAUCGCCAAGGUGACGACAGUUGCUGCGGAAAUUCAACCAUUUCUUCUACUACUGAAAUAUGUUGCCUCCAAAAGACACGCGCUGGUGGUAAAUAUAUGACUUGCUGCGAAGAUGUCAGCUUUGACACGCAGUCGCAAAUAUGUUGUGAAAGAAAGGUUAGAGACAAGAAGAACAAAGCAGAUGACUGCUGUUGUGGCAAUACCACAUUUGAUGCUAAGAACGAAGUUUGCUGCAUUGGAAGUCCUCAACAAGCCAAGGGUAGAAUUGAAUACACUAAAUGCUGCGGAAUUCAAAGCUAUGAUUCCACGAAAGAAAUUUGUUGCGGUGGAAAAAUUAUUAAAAAGAAGAAGGAUGGUGACAACUGGUGUUGUGCUGACCAGCCGUAUGAUACUAACAAGGAAUUGUGCUGUCACGGCUUGUCAGUGCAAAUCUCUUUCGGAAAGAACACGCAGUGCUGCGGAAUGGAAUCAUUCGACACAUUAACUCAUAUUUGCUGCUAUGGAAAACUUAGAAAGAAGGACGAUAGCAAGGACAAUUGGUGUUGUGGUUCUACUACUUACAAUACACAGAGCGAAGUUUGCUGCGAUGGAAUGAUACGCCAACCUUCUUAUGGCAAGGACACACAAUGCUGUAACGGAAAGAGCUUUGAUCCAGCCAAACAAGUAUGUUGUGGUGGUAAAAUUGUCUCUAAAGCGAAUCCGAACGAUGACUGUUGCUGCGGUAAUGUCACAAUUGAUUCAGCUACCCAAAUAUGUUGUAACAAUAAGCCAAGACCAUUUGUUGGUGGAUUUGAAUCUACAUCAUGUUGCUUCGAUCAGAGCUUCGAUAACAGAAAAUCCAUUUGCUGUGACGGCAAGGUAAAAGAAAAGCGAGGCGAAGAAGAUGACUGCUGUUGUGGAAGUACAACUUUCAACGCCAAGACUCAAAUAUGUUGCGAGAAUAUUCCGCAGAAUCUUGUUGGUAACGAAUUCACUAAAUGUUGCGGCAAGACAAGCUAUGAUUCAAGACAGCACGUAUGUUGUGAUAAUGAAAUACGAAAGAAAGCAAAUAAUAAUGAUAAUGCCUGUUGUGGUAAGACUACAAUGAACACUAACUCACAGUUCUGUUGUAAUGGAAACCCGUCUAAGGCUUAUGAAGCAACAUUAUGUUGCGGAAAGACAAGUUACAAUCCCAAAACUCAGGUUUGCUGCAACGACAUGUCUUUGUUCGAUAAAACUAGCAACGAUGAUGACUGGUGCUGUGGUAAUAAGACCUACAACAGGGCGCAAGAUGUAUGUUGCAACGGCGAACCGCAAGCAGCUGUAGGCGCCGAAUUUACCGAUUGCUGUAACAAGAAGAGCUACGACAAACGCAAGCAACUAUGUUUUGAUGACAUUUUGUAUGACAAGAGAAAUAAGGAUGACAAUUGCCGAUGUGGUAAGACAACAUUUAAUACAGGCACUGAGGUUUGUUGUGACGGUGUACCAAGCACUCUACGCGGUGAUAUCAAGGACGCUAGUUGCUGUGGCAACAAGGGCUACAACAUGCUUAUGGAAAUUUGUUGUGACAAUGGCUCGGUUAUGAAAAAAGAUAACCCUAGCGAUGACAGCUGUUGUGGCAUGAAGACAUUCAAUGCGGUAUCGCAGAUUUGUUGCAAUUUGACGCCACAGCCACGAACAGCAGGCGCCAUGACAAUGUGCUGCGUGGACAAGAGUUAUAAUCUUGAGAAAGAAAUAUGUUGCAAGAAUUCUGUAAGAAUGAAGGAAAGCAACGAUGACAACUGUUGCUGUGGUAAUACCACUUUCAAUACAAACAAAGAAAUAUGUUGCAACGAUGUUCCACAACCAUUGCAAGGCGCAAACACCAAAUGUUGUGGCACAAAGGGCUACGACGCUGAUAAAUACAUAUGUUACGAGGAUAACACGUUGUAUCAAAAGGUCAGUUCAGGUGAUGACUGGAUUUGUGGAAAGACCACGUACAACACAAAUACUCAAGUAUGUUGCUUGGGUGUUCCACAGCCAAUAUAUAAUGGAAACGCCAAAUGUUGUGGGUCGGUUAGCUACGACAGUGGCGAAAGAAUUUGCUGUGACGGUAACGUCAUGCCUAAAUCCAAAAAUAGCGAUAACGUUUGCUGCGGUAAGUUAACAUUCAAUCCGCAACUGCAGAUAUGUUGCCAAGGCAUCAUCCAAAAUAGGACAGGUGGAAUGGACACAAUGUGUUGCGAAAAGGUGGCUUUUAAUCCUAGCAACGAAGUAUGCUGCGAUGACUUGCAAAUAUUCCAAAAGGCGAACAAGGAUGAUAACUGUUGUUGUGGAAACACGACGUUCAACACACUUUCUGAUGUUUGUUGCGAUGGUGUUGCUAGCCCAGCUAAAACAAAGGACAUCAAGGAUACAAAGUGUUGUGGAAUAUACAGUUACAGCAUCGAAACACAUAUUUGCUGCGAACUGACGCUUCAGGAAGCGGUCGGUGGUCAAAAGAAUACACGUUGCUGCAGAGAUAAGGCAUACGACAUUAACAAACAUGUCUGUUGCGAUGGUAGUCUUCGUCCGGUCGACAAGACUGGCGAUCUCUGGUGCUGUGGAAACGGCACAUACAAUCCUAACACUGAGAUUUGCUGUCCCGGAGACCCAAUGGAAAGACCUCAACCACUGAAGGGCAAAAACACAAGAUGUUGCGAUGGCGUGAGUUACGAUGCCAGCAUGGACGUUUGUUGUGAGGGCGUUAUCCAACACGCCUGGGUCGGUAUCCGAACGCGCUGCUGCGGCAAGAGAAGCUACAAUCCAGAUCGAGGACUUUGCUGCAAUGGCCAGAUGGUGGAGAAGACAUUACCGUGGGACGACUGCUGCUGUUGCAAUAAGACCAUAUACAGCGCCAAACAAGUAUGCUGCGGCUGCAAUGUCCAAGGUCGUUGUGGUGAGGCAACCAAAUGCUGCGGUCAGACAAGUUACGACCCAUACAUGUACAUUUGUUGCAACGGUAUUGUUAAACCAAGAAGCUACGGCGAAGAGAGUUACUGCUGCGGAGAAUACGUGUACACGCCCAAACUCGCAAUUUGCUGCGGUGAUUAUGUCAAGUGGAAGAUGGGCAAGAUGGAGUGGUAGAUUGAAGGAGAAAGGAUGCAGAUGGGAAGAAGACGGAUUUAUGCAUCACAUGAACUUUCUUAAUUAUCUAAAAAAUAUUACAAAAAAUAGUGUAUAUUCUUGAGUUAGUCAUAUAUUAGCUGUAUAAUCGCAUACGAAUUUGCAUCUUUUGUUAACCGAUUGUUUUUGUUUGACGUGUAAUAUUGUUAAUCCCUGCCUACGGUACUGCUUUGUCCAACGUAACAUAAGCACUGUCGUCAUGUCAUAGUUAUUUUAGACAGCGGAAACAUACUCGCAUAUUUGCCUUUCUUAAUGGUUUACUCCAUCAUGUUUCUAUUCUAUUUCACUGUAGUUUAGCAUUUAUUUAAAAUUAUUUUAAAUUAAAUUAUACUAAAGUAAUUUAAAUAACUAAGUUGCCUCUUGUGCUUACGUUGAAUUAGAUUAAUAUUUAUGUUUGCUUUUCAAUUAUUAUGAUUCGAAAUAAAUUGUUACUGCUUGCCUUGUAUUUCCUGCGUAUUUAUUCAUUACAUUAUGUUCAUGUCUCAGUAUGACUGAAAAGUCUGCUAACGUCGGUAAACUUUUUAUGAUGUCCAUUUUGCCUCGUUUACCAUUUAUUGUAUGUUCAUGUGCUUAUUAUAAAUAUAGAGUAAUGUGUGGAAGUUUUUAUGGCAAGUCGACAUAUAAUUUUUGGAAGAUCAGAAAUGCAAUAAUAAAAAAUAACACAAUCUCAUUGAAACUUAUGUAUACCUUAAUGGAAAUAAAUUUGCAAGUAUCCACAAAAUUCAAGCAGAGCACUUCUAAACUAUUCAUUUGAUAGCCAUAACAACAAUCGCACUUGCCUCAAAAUAAUAGGAAAAUUCUGCAAUGAAGUAUUCAUAGAACACGGAGUCCUUACGCAAUUUUCUGAAUUAUCAUUCCAUUAAUUAUUGUAUCGAUGUGUUGACGUGUAAUGUUUAAAUCAUUCUGUCGUAUCUGUAAGAAGUUGAUACAAAAAAU